CAGUAAAAUAUUUAUUAGUUUGCAAAUUUUAUUUUUGAAGUAAAAUAUUGUAAGUUAUUUAUUUUUUCAUCAUAGCAAUCUCAUUGCCACUUAUCGUCAUAACUGUUAUAAAUAAGUACCAAUGAUUUUGCUUAUAAAUGUAUAUUUUUGUUUAAAUUCAUAGUUAAAUAAUGGAUAAUACCCAAGGUAAAUGGCCUGAACAUGUAGGCAUACUGGCUUUAGAGAUAGUAGUACCAUCUAAAUGUGUGAACCAGACUGACCUCGAGCUGCACGAUGGUGUAUCUAAAGGCAAAUAUACAAUCGGUCUGGGCCAGGAGCGUAUGGCAUUUUGUUCAGACCGUGAAGAUGUCGUCUCGUUGUGUCUAACUGCAGUAAGUUUGUUGAUGCACCGUACAAGAACAAGUUAUUCAAAUAUUGGACGACUUGAAGUGGGAACCGAAACACCCGUAGACAAGUCCAAAAGUAUCAAAUCCAUGUUAAUGCGUUUAUUUGACAACUGUAACAAUGUUGAAGGCGUAGAUUCAACCAAUGCAUGUUAUGGGGGCACCGCUGCACUUUUCAACUCAAUAGCAUGGUUGGAGUCCAGUGCUUGGGACGGACGGCUUGCUAUUGUUGUUGCUGCAGACGUUGCGACAUAUGCUCGUGGUGCAGCAAGGCCAACGGGUGGUGCAGGCGCAGUGGCGAUGCUACUUGGACCCAACGCUCCCUUGGUGUUAGAUAGAGAACUGAGAGCUUCACAUAUGACCGACACGUAUGACUUUUACAAAGGAGACAUGGGCACAAAUUAUCCAACAGUGGAUGGAAAAGUAUCAAUCCGGUGUUAUUUUGACGCUCUUUACAACUGUUAUUAUCUGUACCGAAAGAGGUUUUUGAAGAAAUUCUCUGACACAGACAAGGGCAAAUCAAAUAAUCUGAGCCCUAAGAGUGUAUUACAACACUUUGACGCCAUUGUGUUUCAUUCGCCCUAUGGAAAACUUGUGAGGAAAGCAUUUACCUGGUUAACGCUUCACGACGUGCAGCUAGACUCUAAAUGUUAUGCGAAUGAAUCCGAUCUGUUGAAAUAUGUAAACUCAGAUAUCAGUGUCAGUAUGUUAUCUGAUUUGGAUGUUAUAAAUAAUACAGAAAAACUGUUUAAAAAACUCACUGAGCCAACUCAAAAAUUACCCAAAAAUAUCGGAAACAUGUACACAGCAUCAAUAUUUAGUGGGCUGAUUUCCUACUUGCUUAGUAAACCUACCAAUGAAAUGGUUGGAAAACGAAUAGCAAUGUUUUCAUUUGGUUCCGGCAUGUGUUCUUCAUUUUAUUCAAUUACUAUACGCCCAGGAGCAAAACUAGAGACUCUUAUUGAUUUAUUGCAACACGUUCCUGUGAUGUUAGAAAAUAGAAAAUGUACAUCGACUGUUGAAUUUGAAAAUACAUUAACAAACCGGGAGUUAGCUUACAACAAAGCACCUUUUGAACCUACUUCAAAUGUUGACAGUUUGUUUCCCGAUUCGUGGUACUUGACUCAUAUUGAUAGUACCUUUAAACGAUACUACGCACAAAAGAAAUAACCAACUAAGUAAUAGAAGUACCAGAUAUUUUUAAUGUUUUUACAUGAUAAGAUAAAUAUAAAAGUCUUAUGUAUUUAA